AUGUCAUACAUGGACCCCGGAUCUGGAGACCACGAUGUGCAGCAAGAGAGAGUGUCGGCCAAAGACAUUGGUUUCUAUUGUUAUGAUAUGUUUCUCAUGAAUAACACGGAAUUCAAAGACUUUAUGGACUAUUGCAAAGUCUCGUCAGCCCUGGUAAUCGACAACAUAACUGAUAUAGAGGACUAUAAAUGUGAACCCGGAUCAUUUAUAACGCGAAUCACGUACAACGAGAUCAUAACCAAACCAUUUGCGUGCUAUGGGUACGCGGGAUUCACAAACAACGUUACGUUCAAUGGCCAUAAGGGGGACAUAUCGGUGCCGUUAUGGUCGCCACAACAUCAGGGAAUUUAUAGCACUAAUAAUGGCAACUUUGAGUACAUGGAGUGCGGAGUGCUAUCUGGCGGCCCGUGCGAUGGCGACACCAUUUGGGACACCGGCUUAUGGAUGGCUACCGACCAGAGCGGGUGCGGCAGUAGUACCGGUCUUAAGGCGUUAAAAGGAUUGUAUGCGGGGUUUGAGAUAGUGGUUCUAGCUCAAUUCUAA